AUGAGUUAUUUUGAUCCAUUUGAAGCAAAACUUGAACGUAGAAAUCAUGCAACUAUUCAAGUAACUGCAAAAUUCUUCAAUAAUGCAAUCCCAGCAUUCAAUACAAUCAGUCUUUCUAAAUUAACCAAAUUCACAAUCCAAACACAAAUAACACUAAGUCAACAUCAAAUAAUGCAUAUCUUAAAUCUAGACUCGAGCGAACCGCUUCACAAUGAGGUAUAUGCCAGCUUGAUCAAUGUGGUGAGAAAGACAGCACGGUAUUUGUAUGUUAAUACAAAGCUAUCUACAUUGAGGGAAUUCCCAAUGACUAACGUUGAGUUUGUUAGUUUUGAAAUAGCAAGAAAGUUCCCAGAGUUGUUUUAUGUUCCUGUUGAGAAAAGUGGUGGUGAAUUCCGUUUGAGUUAUAAAUGCCGGUUUACAGAAAUGUGGAUUAUUACUUAUUUGUUGAAACAAGAGUACAGCAAGGUAGUGGAUAUAUUAUACAGUGAUUUAUAG